AUGAAGUCUACUUCGGUUUUUUCGCUCGUUUCCCUUCUGCCCCUCCUUGACGGCGCGCUGGCGCAUCCCGUCAAGAGCAACAAUGGCAUCUGCAAGUUUGAGCAGCGCAACGUCCUCGCCCGCAGCGUACAGCCCAUGAAGCGUCAGAACGACUCCACCUGGAGCCCCCCCUCGGAGCUCGUCACCCCCCUGAACGAGGUCUGGGAGCACGAGGUCAGCACCUACAGCGACGCCCUCGGCUUCACCAACUACGGCUUCGACCAGGUCAUCGACGCCAAGGGCAAGAUCAACUACUGCGUCCGCUGGGACUCGACCCAGUCCGUCACCGCCACCCAGCGCACCCAGAUCGAAGCCGCGGCCAAGAAGUCGUUCAAGAAGUGGAUCGACGCCCUCGCCGGCUUCGACGGCUGGCCAUACGACACGGUCGAGGUCGACGUCGUCGGCUGGGCCGUCCGCGACAAGUCCCUCCUCGAGGACGCCACGGGCGUCGAGGUCUACACCACCACCGACGCCGACGGCAUCCCGCAGUGCGACGAGGGCUGCGGCCGCUUCUUCCACCAGGACAACGACUACAGCCAAUGCGCCGCCGGUGCGGACCGCCACUACGACAUGUCGCUCUGGCUCACCGAGGGCAUGGACGGCGGCGCGGGCGGCGACUGGGGCCAGCGCAUCGGCUCCGAGUAUUUCCUCCAGACGAUGAACGACGAGAACGUGCACAUCCUGCUGCACGAGAUUGGCCACACGUUCGCUCUCGACGACUUCUACGACUGGACCCCGACGGGCGUCAGCAACUUCAUCAUGUUGGCGGGCAGUUCCAUGGAGAUUACCGAGUUCGACAAGUGGAUGGCGAGGGACUGGUGGAGGAACCUCAAGUCGAGGUACAGCCUUUGA